AUGAGCUACGGAGGCAACGUCGAAGGUUACCUGAUCAAGAUCGACGGUCACGAAGUCCGCACUGUCUACUGCAUCCUUGACGAGGGCAUGCUGCAGAUCUUCUCCCGCAAAGGUGGUGAACAGUUGGGCGUUAUGGCUUUGUCAGGGUCCAAGGUGGAAGUGUUCUUGCUUCCUUCAUCCGGAGUCGGUCAGGUGCCCAACCAAUUUCGCGUUGACACGCAGUCGCGCCUUCCAUCCAUUCGUUUGCGCGGUGGUCGAAAGCCCGCGGGUGCCGACUUGCCCGUGUCGACGACUUUUGCAGGGUCGACCAGUGAAGUCACGAACCAGUGGGCUGUUUCCAUCCUCAACUGGAGCCGGUACAGCUGGGAAGACGGUCAAAUGGUGUGCAGUUCCAAGGACGAGCGCAGCAACUUGCAAAAGCUCAUUGAACUGAGCAGCUUGAAGACAACCAAGGCGACAAGAAGCCUUGUUGUGCCGUUCGGAGUUAGCCCCGCAGUGUUGCCAGUAUGA